AUGAGACGUAAUGUGAAAGUGUUUGGAAUUAUAUCCAUCACCUGGAUAGUGGUGGUCAUCUACUACUUCCAGGGUGACUACUACCACAAUGAUGGAAAUCGUGCGCUAAGGUUGCGUAGCAGCAAAGUGAAGCACUCCAUCUCAGACCACUACAAUGCGGGAGGUGCAGCACGCGAAGCUCUGACGCAUCACGACAAUGAACACCAGAGUCUGUUGAAACAUGCAGAAGGAAGCAAUGCCGUGUUCGUCGGCAGCAGUAGCAGUAGUACCAGUAGCAGUAACGGUCAUAGCCUCCACAGUAGCAAUAGCAAUAGUAAUAGUAUUUUUAGUUAUAAUUCGCCACCCAUGACAUGGGACUAUUUUGAUGAGGCCAGCUACAUUCAGAAGGGUGGUCUACAGCGGGGAGAGGAUCCGUACCUAAGAAAUCGCUUCAAUCAGCAAGCGAGUGAUGGUUUAAAGAGCAAUCGGGAACUGCCGGACACUCGCAAUGCGAUGUGCCGUCGUACGAGCUGGUCGGAUCUCACAACAAUCGCCCAUUUGCCAGCGACCAGUGUAAUCAUCACGUUUCACAACGAAGCCCGCAGCACGCUGCUGCGGACGGUGGUUAGCGUGCUAAACCGAUCGCCCGAGCGAUUGAUUCACGAGAUUAUUUUGGUCGAUGACUAUUCCGAUUUUCCCGAGGAUGGACAAGAACUGGCCAAAAUCCAGAAAGUACGCUUGAUAAGAAAUAGUAAACGCGAGGGUUUGGUACGAUCGCGAGUAACAGGUGCAGCAGCCGCCACAGCUAAGGUGCUUACAUUCCUUGACAGUCACUGCGAGUGUAAUGUGAACUGGCUCGAACCGUUGCUGGCUCGGGUAGCCGAGGAUCCAACACGCGUCGUUUGCCCGGUGAUCGACGUGAUCAGCAUGGACACGUUCCAGUAUAUAGGUGCAUCUGCCGAUCUACGCGGAGGGUUCGAUUGGAACCUGGUGUUCAAGUGGGAAUAUCUGAGUAAUGCCGAGCGAAAGGCGCGACAACGCGAUCCCACAGCGCCAAUUCGAACACCAAUGAUCGCGGGGGGGCUAUUCGUGAUUGAUAAAGCGUACUUCGAGCGGCUCGGCACCUACGACACGCAAAUGGACAUCUGGGGCGGAGAAAAUCUAGAAAUUAGCUUCCGAGUGUGGCAGUGUGGAGGAUCGCUGGAGAUCAUCCCAUGUAGCCGAGUAGGGCACGUAUUCCGCAAGCGCCACCCAUACACGUUCCCCGGUGGAGGGAGUGGAAACAUUUUCGCCAAAAAUACCCGUCGCGCAGCAGAGGUGUGGAUGGACGAGUACAAGAAGUACUAUUAUACCGCCGUUCCGCUCGCUACUAACAUUCCGUUCGGUGAUAUUGACGAUCGAUUGCAGCUGAGACGGGAUCUGCAGUGUAAGCCAUUCCGAUGGUAUCUAGAGCAUGUCUAUCCUCAGUUGGGCAUACCGGAACGGCGCAACAAUGGAAGCAUAAGGCAGGGCGUUUACUGCCUUGAUAGUCUAGGCAAUGUGGCUGGUGCGGUCGUCGGAUUAUACACAUGCCACGCGAAUGGUGGUAAUCAGAACUGGAUACUCAACAGAAAAGGAGAGCUAAAGCAUCAUGAUCUCUGCCUGACGCUGGUUAAAUUCACAAUCAGCGCACGUUUUAAUAGCGUGCUGAUGAAAUAUUGUGACGAUUCGGAAAAUCAGCAGUGGCACCUGAAGGACGGCGGACUAAUACAGCACCGUAAGAUCAAUGUUUGUCUCGAUUCGCGGCACAUGAAGGAACGAGGCAUCACGGCCGAACGAUGCAACUCUGCACUAGAAUCCCAACACUGGAAGGUUGUAACGGAGGCGCAGUAA